CCUUCUCAUUCCUCGUCACCAUGGCUCGAAAAGCCAAGAGAAAGGCACCUCCAAAGGCUGCAAGGCAAGCUGCGAAGAAGAGGGUGAAGGAUGACACCAAGAUUCCUACGUCAGACGCUACUCUCGUAGUUGCGAAUAUUUGUCUGACUAGUGAGGCCGAGGAACAACACGAAACAAAGACUACUGAGCAGUGUCAAAUCGCUGAGGAGGUUUAUACGCCUGCCUGUCCAGAUGUCAGCUCGCAACCUCCGGAAAACACGGAUAGUCAACGUGACUCUUCACGUCUGAACCAGCACAAUGAGAAUGGUGAAGGCGAAGAGAUUGACGAAGAUCCCAUUCCAAAGGUUUGAACAUUCUGCAUUGCUCAAGGCUUUGAACUUUCGAUCUGAGUGUGCUUUACAAUACAGAUCUCACUAAUCGGAGAAGGAACGGGCUUGGAGGCCCUUUUUCAUUCGAAAAACUCCCCCCACCACCUUGAGGCUCGUGAAGACAAAGCAGAAGAGGGACGUCGCAAUCUAGACAAUCAAACUUUCACGAUACCUGCUUCUGGAAGUGACACACCUUGUGUCAGCAGUGGUCAAGCACUUGAAGGCAAUGUUAAGGAAUCCAAGCUUCGUUCCAUAGCGAAGGGCAAUGAAGACAACGUGCUUUCUGCUACUGAGUCGGGAAUGGGUGAGUGUGAUCCGAGCAAUGAUCGGACCACAUUCAUCAAAGAAAAGGAUGCAAACGAUGAUGACGUUGAGCCUUCAGCGGCGAAGGUGAGGACCGAUUAAUAAAUUCUGGCCUCCACAGCGAUCCUUAUUGACGAUGUUCCCUGCAAAACCAGAUGAAUGAAGAUGUCCAGCACACAGACGAUGGUGCGCUUUCAGCUGUUGAGGCCGGAAGGGUUGAGCGUGAUCAAAGCAAUGGCCUGAGUAUGGUUAUCAGAGACAAGGAUGCAAACGACAAUCAAGUCAUGCCAUCCAUUCAAGAGAUCCAUGGAGGCGUCCAGUACCCUGGCGACGGUGUGCUAUCUGCUGUUGAAACAGGAAGGGCAGAGCGUGAUGAAAGCGCUGGAUUGAGUAUACAUGUCGAAGAGAAGGAUGCAAACAACCAAAUCGAGUCGUCAACCAAAGAGGUGGGAACCGACAUACAGGGUUUUGUCCACCACAUCUAUGCUAACUAAUUUCCCUGCAAAGCAGAUCGAUGAAGGCGUCCUGCAUGCUGAUAGUGGUGUUCUUUCUGCUGCCGGGAUUGGAAAGGGCGAGCGUGAUCCAGGCAACUGUCUGAGUUUACACGUCGAAGACAAGGAUGCAAACGGCAGUCCAAUCGAGCUAUCAGUUGAGGAGUCUCGCCAGCCAGGACAUGAGAGUGGUUCGCCAAAAGUCUGUGUUCACUUGGAAAGCAGUAAGCCUUGUGAGAAGGCGCAAUCUUGUUUCGAAGUUCGAGAAAGCACCAUCGGUGGUGAUUGUGCAGGUGAUGAGCCUGCCGCCAAUUUAAUUCCUGAACAGGCUCCUUUAGGGGCUAAACUUUUUGACAUCAGAAAUGAUGAGACCAGUGCUGCUAUGUCUCCAGAAAAGGCACCUUCAGAGGCUAAACUCUCAGAUGAUAAAAUUGCUGAGAGCUCUAUUUUUGGAGAGUUGCUUGUUGAUGACCUCGAAGACCUAAAAUCCGAGGCACUCGUUCAUGACACGGAAGAUGAAGACCAAGUCCCAGCCAUGGUUCCUCAUACAAGAACCGGCACAGAAGAAGCUGCUUCCUUCAUGUCAGAAGAAAAGUACCAGCCUUACACAGAGGAGGCAAUAGUUCUACCUUCGGCCACUCCAUCCACGAAGCAAGGGGGAAGGGACUCAAUGCCGGUACAGAGAGACUCUACAAACUGCAAUCUGUCACAGCCCAGCGGAUGUGAUGGAACCACGAGUGAAACAAGCAGACUUGAUUCUAGCAGCCUUGGAAGCGAACAAGAAGCCUUUGAUCGGCUGGUCAAAGCAUCUCCAGUUGAUCAUUUCACAACUAUCAAGGCAUCUACUUCCACAGUGCUCUUUACGGAAAGAGCUUCUAUAGAGGGAUAUGAACAAGAAGGGAUUCAAGCUGACAAAAGCUCUGCUAUGUAUAUGGGGAUCAGUGCCCUUUCUAGUCAUCACGCUGAUUUACGACAGCCCCGACAACCCAUUAUCCCAGAGUGCACUCUCGUGGAACACGCUGGUAUGCACGAUGUCGUCGUCGAGUUCAUCAUUCUCAGCUGUCAGAACUAAUUUCAGUCCUCGUGACAGGUUUGCUUCAAGAGGACCUUUCUACACAUGUGUGUGAAACCGGAAUGGCCUACGAUGAAACGAAGGUAUGUAACAGUUGGCACCAAAGCUGGAUUUGAACCCUCGCGAUUGUAUUGCAUUCAUGAAUGGCAAAACUGGGCAGUUGCUUGAACAUGAGAUGGGCUCACAUGACCAAGAGCAUCACCUUGGCAACAUGCAGCAAACAUUUCAAGAUGAGGGUGGGGACGAAGAGGGACCCAUGCUGCCCGGAGCCUCAGAAGUGGCAGCUAUGGUUACUGAAUUGUCUGAGCUUCGACACAAAGUUGCUGAGUUGACACAACAAAACGACGGCCAGUGUUGUCGUCUGCUGAAAGCUGAAAACGCUUAUCAUGAGGUUGCAACGUUGAAACAGGAGAAUGCCCGACUCUUGAAGUCCCUGCACAAGAGUGAACGGGUACACCAAGAGGUUUUGGCUUUGCAGCAGCAAAACGUAAACCUCUCCAACCAGCUCCGCGAGGCUGAAAAGGCCUACCACGAUGUCGAAGCCCUGAGGAAGCAGAAUGCAAGCAUGUCAGCCCAGUUGCUGCGCCUUGAAGGUUCACAGCGUGAGGUUGCACUUCUCAAGCAACAGGUUGUGAGCCUCUCUUCUAAAGUGCAGGGUUUUGAGAGAGCGCAGCAUGAAGCUGCCUCCGUGAACCAUCAGAACGCCGAAUUGUCGAAAAGGAUUCUCGAGCUGGAGGCCACGAACGAUCGUCUUUCGUGCGAAAUGUUUGACCUCCAGGUAGAGUGUGCUCAGUGGAAGGAACAGACUCAGAGGUUGAACAAUGCGGAUUGGUCAAGGCGUCCACCACAGUACUACCGCAGGAGCGAAUAUUGAGCGCGCAGUCCAUGGCACGCACUUGAGCACCUUAGUUCUUGGUGCAGUUUGGUGCACGCUUCGAAAAUGUCGGGUCCCGAGCAAUGUGUAGGUUCCUUUCACGUUUGUCCUUGCUGCAAAUAUGGAUUUCAUGCUUGUACUACACCAUUUCAAGGGGGUUGUAGCCACA